CCAUCGAGACAAUUUUCUUUUUCUAACUCUCCUGGACGCGAAUGCAUUUUGUGAAUUGAGGAAAAAUGGAUUUGUUUCUUGUUAGUCGGGCGGAUAUAUUUGCAAUUUAUCCGAAAAUAUUAAACGAAUUGUUAGAAGCGGACAACAAUAAACGGAACAAAGAUGGUCACUUAAUCAAGGACAUCAUUUAUCUGCCCAGCGAUGCUGAGUUCCAGGAGAGAGUUUACUAUAGAUUGUUAGAUGUACAGAAGGGAAUAAACGAGUUAAUCGAAAGUGGUGUACCACUGACUGAAAUAACAAAAAAGGCCAAACCAGUAUGGGAUCCCGAUACCCUAUACUUCAGCAUGACACCAAUGUCGUCGCCUGGCUCUGGUUUUUCAUUUAAACGAAAGAAGUGUGUCACCGACUAUGUCGAAUCGUUUCUCGACAUGAAUACAUUGCAUAACUGGUCGUUGGAGGAUCUGACAAAGGCGGGAAAACUAUUGCGAAAACCACCGGUUCAAUGCACAUUUUUAGAUGAACAUGAGAUGAGACGGGUCUAUUCGAUGAUAUACGAUGUGUUCCGAUACAAAAACGUGCUAAAUCAGGCAUUGAUCGAUGCCACAUUCUUUACCGAAUAUCCCGAACUACAGUCAGACAAAACCAGAAUAUGGCUACUACUGUUUGAUUUACAUUUGCGCCAUUUUCUGAAACGCGAUCCAGAAGAAAGAAUCAAGCAAAAGCAUCUCUACAAGGAAGCCUAUCUGGACGAAAUCCAACGAUCAAUUUGGAAUAGAAGAGUUCGCUUAGCUGCUGCAGUUUCUCGACUCAGAAUCAAGAAUAAUGCGCUGCACCUGUCCAAAUUGUUGCCAAUACAUUUACAAGACGAAAAAGUGGCCAUAGCCAGCGCUAAUCCAAUAGUUACAGGAUGGUGUAACCCAUUCAAAAUUAGGACAAAAAACGAAUCACGUGAUCGGCUCCAGUCAAACGGCUUGAUAGAAUUGGAAGAAGUGGAGAGUGGAGAGGUGGCAUUAAAGAUGCAUCACUUUAAAUGGGAUAAAGUGUGUCCGCUGUUUAUCUCCUGUAUUCCACCCGAUCGUGGAAUUUUCGCCCAAAGUGAUUUAGUCAAAAAUCAAAAGUUUAUUUUACAGGAUCGAGCAUUUUCUCUUGGUCCGGCCCUAUUCUCACGACUGCUAGAUUACUACGAAAUUGAAGGCGACAUGGUACAAACUCAUGUCUCUUCGCCUAGAUCAACCGCUUAUUUGGCAGCCUUAUUUCGUAGCAAUAAUCGUAUUAACGAAUUCAUAGCAUUUGGGGCCGGAACUCGGGUGAACGAAUAUCGCGAUUUCUUGUCUAAGCUUGAGUGCGAAAACGUUAAAAUCUACGCGGAGAACUUUUGCAGCAUUUCCUUGGACUCGCACAUUUUGGACAAAGUGGUCGGCAUAUUUGUAACCCCGCCGAACUCAUACUCAGGUGUUUGUGACCCUAUUGACCUGAUUUGUAGCCGUGGCGGAGACCUAACAAUGCUGGAAGUUCUAACCGAGUCGGAGAUGAGUGAUGAUGGUAAGAAACGAGUGUCACAAAUACUGGAAGAGCAGCGGGAAAGUCUCCGAUUGUCGAUGUCACGGCCACAAGUUCAAUUUUGUUUGUAUGAAACGCAUUCCAUUGUGGAUGCGGAGAAUCAAGAUAUGGUCAAACUUGCCAUGGAUGACAUAAACCGAAGUGCGCACAACAAACACAUCCGUCUCUUUAAAGAAAAGAAAAGGCUGGAAGAACAGGCUGAGAGAGAGGGUAUAUCCAUGGAACAGUUGGAGAAGCUACAAGGUGGUGCGGCGAAAAGGAAACAAAGGGAAGCCGAAGCGUUAUUGAAGAAAGAUCGUACGGACGAUGAAAGUUCGUCCAGCAGUAGUGGAGAAUCAGAGAAUGAACUUUUAGAGACAUCGCGGUCCAGAUUGUCUAAACGAUCGAAUGCAUCUUCGGAUGAGUAUCAUCAUAUCAAGAUUCCCAAAACGGAUCUGUUCGAAAUGGUCGAUCUACCCGAUUUUUGCUUGUACCAAGACAAAUGUGUCAACUUCAAGGAGCAAGGUUGUUUUCUAGCAAUAAUCAAAAGGAAAAUGAUCACACACCUCGAUGAGAAAUAUCUGAUUUUAAUGGCCGAAAGACGCGGCCUAUUCGGCGACACAAGUCCGAAAAAGGGACGAAUGCGACCUCCGACCAAAACGAUUAAAAAGGAAGAAAAACCGAAACCGCCAAAAAUUUCCAAGCGACGGAAGAGUGACGAUAUGAACCAGCUCGUCGAACGGAUCGCUCACCCAACCCACGCAUCCGUAAAACGAUCUCAUUCGAAACGAAAAUCCUCAGCCGAAUUUAAGCUACUCAUUUACGACCCGUUGGAUGACGAAUGCGAAAGUUGUAUACGGCACGAGAGCCGAUAUUUACGUGCUCAUACACCGCAGCCACGAGCGAAGAAAUGGUGGAAGCAUACGUCAAAGUACAUUUGCAGAAUGAUGUUUGAUGUUCCGAUAAAUGAGAAAUCCGAUCGUAUCUACGACGCUAUUUGUAACAACACGAUACUUCCGCUGAAAUUACCCAGACGCAUGUCACCAGCAACUGAUCGUUACAAAUCUCCGGACAGAUUACCGUAUCCGUUAACGACAAAUUUCUUAGAAUUUCAGGAAUAUCGCAGGAUUUGCUUAUUGCCAGGUUAUGAAAAGUCUACUGGGCAUCGACGAUCGAGUGUGGCCAAGCAUAGGAAUAAGCCACCGAUUUAUGAAUAAAUUUAAGUGAAAACUGAA